GGUUUAAACCCAUCAGUAUCUUUUCGUUUCUCCCGAAUUCAAACAAAACAAAUCUGAAAUCCCUAAACUCCUCUUCUGCCGCCGCUGCCGCCUGCUGCCACCACCUCUGCGUCGCCAGCCCACCAUUGGUAACCUCGCAGGUUCACUCUCUUCUCCACCUUCCCCAGCUCACGAAGAAGGGAUUAGAGGAAGAUGUUGUCUCCGCCUUAGGUGUUCUCUCCGCCGCUCAAGUCCACCGAACCCAACCACCAUUCAAAACUUUCUGGUUUAUGUUGAAGGUAUUUUCCUUUGGGAUUUCACUUGAGACAUACUUUCAUGCCCCUUCUUGGAGACAGGGUUUUGUAGAAUUUUCUGGGAAAUUUUUAUUUUCCAAGAAAAAUGGAGGAGGGAACACAAUUGCAAGUCUCCAUCGACAAGCUUCCGAUCAAGCGCUUGGAAUCCAUCGAAGAAAAUGGAAUUGAACGUUUCCCCUCAGAUGUGGAUUAUGAUGAGAAGCGGCUCUCGCUCAUUAGGCGAAUCGAUUUUGCUUGGGCAGUUGAGAAGGAUGACGAGGAGAAGAACAAGAAGCAGAAGAAGGCCUCAAAGGAGGCCUCAACUCCAUGGCAAUGGCAGAGCAUGGUGGAGAAUUUGCAGUUAGCUCAUCAGGAGCUCUCUGUCAUCAUAGAUCUCAUCAACACCGUGGAAGCAAAUGAUGCGGUAACUGUGGCUAGCAUGACAAGGCCGAAACUAUUAUCUAAUGAAGCUUUGUCCGACCUGGCUGUAUCUGCUGCCACCAAGCUGCAAUGUUACCGUCAUGUUGGAAAAUACUUCAAGCAAUCUGCCAAAGCUUUUGAACGGCAGGUUGCUAGAGAAGCAAGGUUUUAUGGUGCUCUUAUUAGGUUGCAGCAAAACUGGAAAGUAAAACGGCAACGCCAGGCAGCUAUAGCUCCAGGAAGUGAAGGCUUUACCUUUGAUCUCUUUGAUACCUCGUAUGACCAGGGUGCAAUAUAUCGGUCAUCUUCUACGUCCACUGUUCGUGUCAAUCAUAAUCCAGCUGGAAUGCUGGCAAUAAAUGUCUCUCCCAAUUCAUGCCACUCUCUCCAAUUCGGUUUUGUUGGUGCACAAUCAGAGGAAAGACUGGGGAAAUCAGAAGAACACAAAUCUGACUUUUCAGAUGAGCAUCAUAUGGAAGAAACUGACAAAAAGCCUUUGAAUGAUGAAGUGUGUGUUAAGAAGACACAUUCACUUCUUCGUGAAGUACAUAAAGCAAUAUUCAAUGAGCAGGUGUUUGAUCUGGUCAACCGUGAAGCAUUUAAUGCAUCUACAGGUGUCACCGUGACUGGAAUACGCGAAAAUUAUUUACAGUUAAGCUUAGGUCAAGGAACAUCUGUGUACUUGUCAUUAGUACCCUCUGAUCAAGAUCGUUCUGCAGUUGAAAGUGAAUCCAAUAAUGAUGUUGAGAAUGCAAAUUUACCAGAAUCAUCUGAUGAAAUGGAAUGUGAUGCCAAACAUAACACCUGGAAGAAGGAAGAGCAAUUUCAUCAUUCUACCUGCUAUGAGAUUUACAUUCAACAGAUUUUUCAUGAUUAUAUAUUUGGGAGAGGUAGUGAAAAACCAGUUUCUUCCGGAAGUCGUUUGUCCGGUGCACAGGCAAAGGAUGGAUCAGGUCUUCUUGGUCAUUUUUUCAUGUCUUUGGCUCAUAGGAUAUUUUCAAUCAAAGUUCUCAAGGAGCUGGAAAAUGUGGCAUGCAAGGUCCCAUAUCUCCAGUUAAUUUCUAAUCCCACAUGGAAUUCUCGGGCGUCAUCUUGGACGCUAAACAUGGAGGUUCCCCAGUCCAUUAUCAGAACAUCAGAUUUUAAUGAAAAAAAUGCUUCGAAGCGACAGUUUUGGACCAAGGUCUUGGUAAAUGAUGACUGCAUCAAUGUCAAAGCAGAAGGUUCUCCUAAUGUAUCGGGCCUUUUCAAGGGAAAGGCCGAGGAAACCCACACGAUAAACAGAUACGACUGCAACAUAGCUGAUCUCGCCGUGGUUAUUUUGCAACAGGUUGCAAGCCAAAUCAUUAAUUGGCUCUACCAUGAAGCUAUGAUGGUUGGGAUAAAAGCGAACAGGGACUUCUUAAGCUUAUGUUUUGAGCUGGAGCAGGGCGAAACACUUUGCCUGAUUGCGAAUGUGGACCCUGAAGACAUUGAAGGGUGUAUAUCAUGGUGGUUGGUGAUGGCGGACAGUUUUGCAGAGGAACAAAAGCUUCAUAUGAACAUGAACAUGAAUGAUGGUGCAUCUGAGUAUAGGAAAUUCCUAGGUCACUUGUCUCUUGAGUUGUUAUACGCGACGCUAAUGGACUUGGUUGGCUUGUGUUGCGGCGGCGGAGGUGGUCAUUGAAGUUGUACGUAGACUGUGUAUACGGUUUUCUUGGACUUUUCAAGUGAAACUCGGCAACCAUCAGAAUAUGAUUAUGAUUUAUACCAAAGAUUCAUCAUCUUAAAUAUCUUAGUAAUUAUCAA